CUGUAUAUUAUUCAGUGCUCGUAGUUCGAGUGUUGAUUGUCUAACUACUGUAAUUAUCCCUUGUUGCUCGUUACGCUGCUGGCUUCUCUAUGUUGCUGGGCAGCAGCAGUCCACGGAGUCGCGUGAUCAGGGGGGGGUGAUGACACCUCACCGGGAGUAGUCUGCCUGGGCUGCUCAGUCUCUUGUCGGUUGGACGUUCUUCUAGCAAGACGUGCCUCUAGCUCUCCCUUGCUGGUCCUUGUUGGAAGAUUGUCUCUGUCUCUUUCUUGUUGUUGGUUCUGUGGAACUCUGUUCACAGAACAUAGUCUAGACUUAGUGAUUUUUGACGUACUGAGGUUGUCUCUCUCUUAGACACUCUGAGACACUCAGGUCCUGAGCUGUAGCUUCUGACCUAAUUUGUACUGGUAUCUGUGUAUUGUCACAGUCAGGGAUUUUCUAAUGCUGAACUUAAAUUCAGUAGUAUGGGAGUUUUGUGACUUUUGUGGAGGAUCUGCAGAUGGUCCCUACUUAGUGUCAUUACAUUAUCUUCUUGUUCCUGAUUCUGUGUCGCUAUUGCUUGUUAUAUUGCUGUUCGGCUUAUCAGUCAUUUUAUUGUUCAAGCAAGCUGUUCUGAUUGCCAGGUUGGUCAAGAAGUUAGUUUAUGUGAGGACUUUUAGUCAGUCACUGGUUAAGUCUAGUCGAGUCUUGAAACAUAGCGAACUACCUUGAGCACUUACACACACACAAACUUACAUGUAUAUAUUUGUAUUAUGUUAUUAUUUGCUAACAAUGUACCAGACAGUACUUAAAAGCCAAAAAGAUGUGAUAUGUGCCUUCAGCACAAUACUACUGUACACAAGAGAGGUGAUUAUUUUUAUUAUAUUGAUUACUAUAAUUUACUUUGAUAAUAAAUGCCUAGACAACCUUUUUAUUAAUAAACAUAUUAAAUUUUAAUUUCUUUAGUUAGUAGCCUACCAGUUGUAAACCUGAAGCACUAUUGAAUCUUACUGAAUUCUAAUGGAUAAUUGGACCAGGAUACUGACUACUUGUUACAAAAACCCAGUAACAGGCUGGAUGCUAGAAGGGCAGUCCUUUCUAGUGUUCACUGGAGAUCUCUAUGCUUAUUAGAUAUCACAUUUUUUGCAGCAAUAGGCACUUUAGAUGCAUUUGAUAUUGAAAAAAUGCUUUUUUUCCACUCAUGAUUUUCACUUAUCGCUGGGAGUUGGGAACCUAACAAUCAUAAAAAAAAGGAUUCUCCUGUAUUCCACUUGAUAUUUUUCUAAAUCUUGAACUAAAAGCAAAAGUUUCUUUUACAGUGGUUCUUUCUUAUUUCAGCUCACCUUUACAAGAGAAGAAUUAUAUUUGCUGCAGCGUAAAGCUUGUGUAAGUCUCAGAAAUGCCGUCUUAUGUACAGUAUAUAUAAUACCAGAACUGACUAUAACAUAAAUAGUGUCUGAAAAUAGUGCAUGUUUGAUGCACUAUUUGCACAUCAUCAGCUGGACUACUACUACUACUACUACUACUACUACAACUACACACCUUCAUUUUUAACAGCUUAUAGACAACUUUAUUCUCUAAUUCUGGUUGUUUCUCACAGCAGUUUUUUCUAUUGCAUUAGGAACGUAUUCAUCACAUCCCUGAACAUGCAUAAUGAACAUCAUAGGUGCUGAAGUUAAUUCUUUUUCAAAACAUAACAUUUAUAUAAAUAAUGAAUGGGAUAAUUUAUUAGAAGUAUUUAGAAGUGGCUGAUUAUGUACUACUAAUGCUUAUCAAAGUCAGACUAUAUCACUAUUUUUUGAAAAUUCCCAGUUAAAUGGAUUGUGACCUUAAUAAACUUUUGAUGCUAAGUGUAGUUAUUUAUCUGUUGUGAAAAAGUAGAAAUUAAAAAAUAAUUGUAUAUGUGAUACAUGAUCCAUGAACCUAAUCAUACUUUCUCAUCAUAAAAUAUUCCUGAAUUUUUCAUUAUCCUGCACCUAGCAUCUUAUUAAACUCUAGUUCACAUUUUUGUGCUCAUUUAAAUUUUUUGAUUAAAUGACAUUAAUAUGCACUUAUUGCAGUACACAUUUUUUUAUUCUUUCUGUGUGCAUAAUUCAAUGUUUAUAGGUAUAAAUGUUUAAACAGUAUUAAUUUUGCAUAUGUAUAAAAUACAUCACACCAUAAAUUACUUUUUUUAAUAUUUCAUCCUUUAGAACGUAAUAAAAUUUAGCAGAAAAAUUAUAAUUCAUUCAUGUGUGGCCUCAUAAUGUUACGAAUUUAUUUUCAUCGAGAGUUAUACAAAAAAAAAAAAAUACUUGUUACUGUUCAGUGCAAUGUAAACAAUGUAGAAAAUACUAUCCCUUAUAUCAAGUAUCAUUUUAAAGAGGCCUUACAGGAAAAAAUAAAUAGUUAAAGUUUUUUAUCAAUAUUUUUUAGUGUAACUUGCAACAGUUUGAACAGGAAAUAAAACCCGUUAGAAAUUUUCAAACUAGAUUAACAUUUGUGACAGCAGAAGAAUCAUUCUAGUUGAUAGAAAAGAUAAAUCAGUUUAGUUUAUAAUUAGAAAAAGUUGAAAAAAUUUCAAGGAUGAAAUAAGAGAGGUCAUUACCUAAAGUUAUUUAUGUCACUCUUCAGUAUGUCUAAAAUACAUAAAAGACGAAAUACUCCAGCAGCACAAAAUAAGUUACUUUCUAAAGAUAACCCACAUCAAUGCUCAGUGAGUCUAAGAGACUGUAAAAAAAAAUAUGAACUUGCAAAUGCUAAAAAAAGUCCCUCGGGAGAGAAAGCAUAUCAGUGUUCACAGUGUUUUGAAAGUUUUCCAAUAAAAUCUAAUUUAGUAUUACACAUGAGAAAACAUGCUGGGAAAAAAUCCUAUCAUUGCUCUAAGUGUUUCAAAGAAUUUUCACAAAAAUGUUAUUUAGUGUCACACAUGAGAAGUCAUACUGGAGAGAAGCCCUAUCCAUGUUCAGAGUGUUUAAAAUCAUUUUCACAAAAGCCUUAUUUAGUAUCGCAUAUGAAAAUUCAUUCAGGAGAAAGAGCAUAUCAAUGUACAGUGUGUCCAAAAAACUUUAAAGAAAAUGCUGACUUGGUAAAACAUAUGAGGAUUCACACAGGAGAGAAACCAUAUCAUUGUUCAGAGUGUCCAAAAGACUUUUCACAGAAGUCACAUUUAGAUAUGCAUAUGAGAAUUCACACUGGAGAGAAACCAUAUCACUGUUCAGAGUGUCUAAGAGAUUUCUCAAGAAAAUCUCAUUUGGUAGAACAUAUGAGAAUUCAUACUGGUGAGAAACCAUAUCAGUGUUCAGAAUGUUUGAAAAGAUUUUCUCGGAAAAGUGAGUUAGUAUUACACAUGAAAAUUCAUACAGGAAAACAUCUGUAUCAUCAGUGUUCGGUGUGUCUAAUUAAAGUACAAACAAAGUCUAAUUUAGUAAAGCACAUGCGUAUCCAUACAGGAGAGAAGCCAUAUAAAUGUUCGGAGUGUCUAAAAGACUUUAUUCGAAAAUCUGAUAUGGUUGCACAUAAAAGAAGUCAUACAGGAGAAAACCCUUAUCAGUGUUCAGAGUGUUUAAAAAACUUUAAUCACAAAUCCAAUUUAUUAAGACACAUGAAAAUUCACACUAAAGAAAAAUUACGUCUUUUCAGAAAAAUAUCCUAAUGUAAAUGAGAUCUUUAUUAAAAGAAAUUUUUGUCUGUAUGAAAUAUGUUGUAAAUACUUAGGAAAAGGCCUUAUGUAAAUUAAAUUAUG